UACCAUAGCGUAAGGCAACGGCAGUGGGAGAGGCUGAAUGACGUUGGCUAGGCUCCCGGGCAGGUGGAGGCGCGCGGUGCGGUUCCGCGUUGUCGUUUUCCCUAUCCCCACUCCCACUCCUGCCACUACCUCUACCCCUGGGCCCCAAGGCCUCCCGCGUGCGCGCGUGCGCCGUGCCGUACUUAUCCUAACCUAUCCCGGCCCCGACUCGCGCUGCCCAAAGCCGUUUCGUCCUCCCGGGAGCUCUCUCUGCCCCCUCAUCCCGGGACCGCCGGGAUGAAGUGGACGAAGAGCUCGCGUGCCUUGCGAGUGGCUGUGGUGCUGGCUGUCGUGGCGGUGCUGCUGCAGGGUAUCCGCAUUUGGCUGAACUCCAAGCGCUUCGUCUUCCAGCGCGAGGAGAUCGCGCAGCUGGCGCGCCAGUACGCCGGCCUCGAUCAUGAGCUGGCUUUUUCUCGCCUCAUCGUGGAGCUCCGGCGGCUGCACCCAGGCCACAUCUUGGCAGAUGAGGAGCUGCAGUGGGUGUUUGUGAACGCCGGCGGGUGGAUGGGCUCCAUGUGCCUCUUGCAUGCUUCACUCUCCGAGUACGUGCUGCUCUUCGGCACAGCCAUCGACACUGGGGGCCACUCUGGACGGUACUGGGCUGAAAUCUCAGACACGAUCAUCUCUGGAACCUUCCGCCAGUGGAGGGAGGGGACCACCAAGAGUGAAGUUUACUACCCAGGAGACACCAUUGUUCACGGGCCAGGGGAGGCCACAGCGGUGCAGUGGGGGGCUGGCACGUGGAUGGUGGAAUAUGGCCGGGGCUUCAUCCCUUCUACCUUGGGCUUUGCACUGGCCGACACAUUCUUCAGCACCCAGGAUUUCCUAACGCUCUUCUAUACUCUCCGGGCCUAUGCCAGGGCACUGUGUUUGGAGUUUACCACCUACCUCUCCAGCCAGGGACACUGACCUUCCCUCCCCACAAUGGACACCCCUUUCCCUGCCCAGAACUGUCGAGGGCAGCCUGCCUCUGUGUGAGGUGGAGACGGUCAGAGAUGCUCCUGGCCAGACACAGAGGCAGGCCAGACCCCGGCAGGGUGGUCCUCGGGCAUGCACUCAGACCCAGUAGAGGGUGCCUGAAAUGACCCCAAGUCUACUCUCUGGGCAGCACUUUGGGGGAGCAGUGGAGGCGUCAUUCCCGAAGUAUGCCCCUAACCCCAGAUUGGAACUGUGAUACCUCCCACUCUCCCCCUCACCAGACGCCUUAUAUGUCUAGCUCCCUAUCCUGGCUAUGCAAAGGGGACCAGUGGCCUGUUCUCUACCCCUUCCUCCCCAUUCCUCUAUCCCUUCUCCUGCCUUCCAGGUGGGUGCUACAAUCAUACGGUCUCCUGUCCCUUGUGGUCUCCCACCACCCCCUCACUUUUCUUUUCAGAGCCCUGGAGGGGGAGGAGGCCCUACAGUGCUACCAACAGGAAUUGAGGCUGUCAAAUGGCAGAGAAGGGGCUGAGCCUUUUAUGAUUGAACCAAACUUGGGUUAAAUCUCUGGGCAGGCACACCCCAUAUCCUUUGUGUGCAGCCCAACAUGGAGACUCAAGGGAGUUUCCAGGCAGGUUAAGAAACCACAACCCCCCAGGACCAGGAAGGCUGAUGAAUCCACGGCCUUCGAGUCCUAACCACAGGAUGAGUAGAAGUUCAGAGAACCCUGCAACUCCAGGGAACCUUGAGAAGUCAGCUCGGCCCACCUUCCUUUGUCCUCAGGGCAGCCAAGACUAGCGAGCUGGUGAUGUGGCCCAAGCUUUCGUGCAGAGAUAUACUAAACUACAAUUCUACACCAAGUGAUAUAGUUCAGGUUUAACAACAGAAAGAGGAUGGAAAGAUCACCGUGGAGCUGGGGAAGCAGAAUGGGACUCCCGGUGGAGGUAGUCAUCGUGCCACAGAGAAAAGAAGGUCACAUCCUGUGUCCCUUGCUAGGUGUGAUUAGGAGAGAUGGAUCGGCCAAAUCCAGCCCUGAUCCUAUUAAUGCCAAACAUUUUAUCCAGGGCUUGGAAGCUUGCAAAAGGCUUUCUUCAGUGGUCCUGUCAGGUAGGUAAUAGAAGUACCAGGUGUCCCAAAACUUUUGGUGGGCUUUUAAACUAAAGUGCAUGAAGAUUUUUGGGACCCCUUGUAUUCUCUCCAUUUUCAACAUGAGCUAGGCUCAGACCUGAAAUGACUUCUCUUUGGGCACCCAGGUAGUAAGCAUCCACCAUUUUACUGAGAACUCAGUCUAGGUCUUUUGAUUCAGAGUCUGGUGCUGUGUUUGAAUCCUCCUGUUUAGCAGUGAGGCUCCUUUCUGGCUUCACCUGCCCAACUCCUUAGGACAGUUGGACUUCCCUCUGCCAUCAUUAGGAUAUUUAGGAUCCUAGCGUUUCUGUCCCUUUGGACCUUGGCCCCCUGGGCUGCCCGCUGGUUCCUCCACCGCAGGGUGAUGGAGUUGUCUUUCCUCCGAGAUUCCUGGACAUUCAAAGGUUCUUGGCUUCAGCUGUUAUCUGACGGAGGGUGGUAUCCAAGGCCCCCUCAGACCCUUCCUACUGCCCUUAAAGCAGCUUCUCUCCAGAAUCCCUCUGUUUUGCUGUCUGUCUCAGCCUCAAUAAAUAUUUCUUGAAUA